GGUGUCUGGUUGCCACAUCCUGCUCCCCGCCUCCUGCCUGGCCACCAGGACCACAGGGACACAGACGGGACACCCGCGUGACGUGAAGGAGAAAGAGGAAGGGGUGACAGCAGGAGGGGGGUGACAGCAGGAGGGGGCUGCCACCCGUCCUGCCCCGCCGUGACGUGCACUGGGGCCAACCCUGUCCCCGCAUUUCUGGGGACAGAGGCCACCUCUCCUUCUCAGAGAUGUCCCAGGUGGUGUCUUCUGCCCGUGUCACCCUCCUGCUGGGCUGUGCCUGGCUCGGCUCGGCCACCAAGUUCUUUCCAAUGGGUGGCAAGGGACGGACCUUGCUUCCCCUCAGUCCCCAGGAGGAAGCCACGUGCCCCGGGGUCUCUCUGGAAGCUUUACUCAACAGCACCCUCACCACCCGUGUCCUCCCUGCCCUCUACUCCCUGGUCCUGAUGCUGGGGCUGCCGGCCAAUGCUCUGGCCUGCUGGGUCCUGGUGAGGAACUUCAGGAGAUGUUCCAGUGCCCUCUUCCUCCUCAACCUGGCCUGUGCUGACCUGCUUUUUGUCCUCCUGCUGCCUUUCAAGAUCUCCUACCACCUUCUGGGCAACCACUGGCUCUUUGGGGACUACCUGUGCCGCGUCACCGUGGCUCUCUUCUACGGGAACAUGUACAGCUCCAUCCUCUUCCUCACUUGCAUCGGCCUGGAGCGUUACAUCUCCGUGGUGCACCCCUUCCUCUGGAAAGGCUCCAGGUGGAUGCGGGGCAAGGUGGGGAUCUGCGUGGGCAUCUGGUUGAUGGUGGGGCUGGGCGUCAGCCCUUUGCUUUUGCACCCCCAGACCAAACAAAUCCCCAGCCUGAACGUCACGACGUGCCACGAUGUCCUAGAGAAGAAAGAGCAUAUGUCCCUCGUCUACUAUUUCCUCUUCCUGGUGGGGCUGGGCUUUGGUUUGCCCUUCGUGCUGAUGAUCAUCUCCUACAGCUGCAUCCUAGCCCGGCUGGUGGCCAAGGGGAGGCAGUACAGGCGGGUGGUGCGUGUCCUGCUCCUGGUCCUCCUGGUCUUCAUCGUCAGCUUCACCCCCAGCAACGUGCUGCUUUUCCUCCACUCCAUGCUGGAGGCCACGGGGUGUCACAACAUCACCUACAUCUGGUACCUUCUGGCCCUGCCACUCAGUGCCUUCAACAACUGCUUCGAUCCCUUCAUCUACUUCUACGUCUCCCGAGAUUUCCGGGGCUGGGUGCGGGAUGCCAGCAGAUGCUGCCCAGGGAGGGUGAAGACCUCAUCAGGGAGGACCUGGGAGAAGGCAGCCUUGGCUCUGAGGCCCAGCGAGGAGAGCCAGCUGUAGGCAGGCCUGGGGGGACACCAGGCUCUGUCCCCCUGCCCCUACAGGGGAUGCUGUAGAGCACUGGCAUCCCAGGCUGGCAGCAAACCGGGGCAGAAUUUCCCCUCCUGGACUUGAGGUUUGUUGGGACUGCACCUUGGUUUCUAUGCUGGAUCUCCAGCCACGUGUCCCCUGUGUCCCCAGACUGUGCCAUCAUCCCUCCCCUCUCCUCCUGCAGGAACCAGAGCCUCCAGAGUCCAAAUAAACCUUUAUUCCUCCC